UAAUUAUAUUUUUAUUUAUUUUAGGUAAAAGUUAGUAAAUUUUUCUUGAAUUUCUUAGAGCUAAUUGCAAAAAGAGACAGUCAAUUCACAUUAUAAAACUUAUUCUAUUAUAAAAAAGUUUUUGCUCUGAUGUCUAACUUUCACUUUAACAUUAAUUAUAGACUGCAAAGUAAAUAGCAAUCAAGAUAAAUCUUAAAACUUGACAAUUUAAGAUCUUCUUCAACACUAUCAUCAUGCUAGCCUAAGGGCAUAGAGCACAUAUUAAUUAAUCGAAUGUGUGAGGGAAAGCUUAAGCAGCAAGACUUACUUAACUAAUUAUUUUCAAAAUAAUCUUCGAAACCUGAGUAAAGAAAACAAAAAGGAUUCUAUUAUGAGGACCAGCGCGAAGUAGCAAGCGUCAAAGAAUUUUUUCAUUUUUAUAAAUUAGUAUCCAGUGAAAAGAAUAACAUUUAAAGAUAAGAAUUUAAUGAAUAGCUGUAGAAAAAGACUUAGAAAAUUAUCCAUAUGCUGCAUGAAAAAAACCAAAACUACAAAAGUAAAUAAAUGAAUACUUCUGAAGAUGUUCCUAUAAAAUCUAUCAAUAUACUUUCACCAUAGAGCUCUAAAGAAAUUUUAAACUAGUCUCAAUAGUAAGUUUAUUUUAGCUAGUAAAGAUAAGCUGAGAACACUAUUAAUUAAAUAAGUAUCCCCUCAAGCGAGUAAAAACACUUACAUAAAAUUCCUUCACUAGAAUACAAGCAGAAUUUAUAAAAUCCAAAUUAAAUGCAAAGAAAAAGCAGUUUUAAAGCUCAAAAAAGAGCUAAUCCUGUUUUAGAAAUAGAUUCAACUGCAAAAAACUACUUUAUUUCCCCAUUUCCUAGUUAAAAAAAUUUAGUUAGCUAAGAUGAAUAGGAAAUACUUGCUUCUCAAAAUAAAUCAAUUUUUAUAUUUCCUAAAAAUGUAUAAACUAUUAGAUUAGAAACUAUUGCAUCUGAUAAUCUUAAUGAUAUUAAUAAAGUAGUAUAAUAGUAGAAACUACCUAGAUAACAUUACCAGUAAACCCAAGUCACAAAUCCUUCAACUAAUAUUAAUCUUUAACAAACUUAAAAAUCAUUAAAACAAAGAUAAAAUAACAUAGAAAAUUAGCUUAGAGUCAAAGAUCUUAAUCUAUCAGAUACCAGCUAGGGUAAAUUAUUAAGUAGCACUUUAUAAAGUAAUACAGCUUCGAGAAGAUAAACUAAUUUAAUUCCAAAUUCAGCUAGGUCAAAUGUACUUUCUCAAUAAAGUCAAAGAGGAAUAACAUUUUAAAGCGAUUAGGUCAAUAUAAAUACACCUUUUGUUUCAUCUGCUAACUAAAACAAACAAGAAGAAUAUUUAGUUGGUAAUUCAAUGUAGAACUAAAUUGAAUUUUAAAAUAGUAAAAUUCAGCAAUUAAUGAAUGAUUUUAAUGAUUCAAUCUUAGAACAAGAUUAAAAGUAAAUAGAUAAUCCAAAUGAGUAGCAAGAUUUCAAAAUGAAAUAACGUUAGAAUUCAGAUUAAAUUAUCAUCUAUGGCAAUUAAAACUCAUAAAAAUCUCUGUUUCUUAAACAAGUAACAAGAAAUAAUUCACUUGGUUCAUAACCUUACAUCGAUGCCCCAUUAUAGGGUGUGAAUUAAAAAGAAUUGAAAUAAGAUAAAGCAACAGUUUCUUUCUCAUUACCACAUUCUGCAUAAAAGAACAUUAUUAAUUAAAACCAAAAUACUACAUUGCUCAAGAGAUUUUCUUCAAUGGCUAAUUUAAAUUUUUAAAAUUCAUUAAACGAAUCAACUUGUAGCAUUCCAUAAAUCAGAGGAAAAUCUCAUUCUCCAUCUAAAGUAGAUUAAUUUAAAAGCUCUAGAGAAAUAGAAGUUGAAGAGAAUAACAUAGAAUCAAGCAAAAAAAAUUCUGUUAAAUAAUUUGAAAUAGACAGAAAAAAGAGUUUGUAAUUUACAAUGAAGCACGCUGACAAAUUUCUCCAUACUCAUGACAGCUUAGCUGGGACAAAAGCUAAUAUUUAAAGUAGAGAUAAAAAGUUGCAGUUCAUAGGCUAAAUAUUUAAAAGUGCAUCUAAUUUCGAUAUUAUAAUAUCAAAUUAAAUAAACUAAUCAAUCGAAAAGAAAAAGAAAUAGUAAUCUUAAUCGAGAAUAGGAUCUUCUAAAACAUACUUAGAUAAAGAAUUAGUUUAUGAAAAUUAAAAGCCCAUAAGAAUAAGUACAUUAGAAAAGGAAAACUUCAAAGAAGAAGCAAUUUAAUCAUAAGAAUCUGAAUUUGAGAUUAUAUCAUAAGCUUAAAUAAACAAUAAAAAAACGGCUUCAUAUGAAAAUUUUAGAAAACAAAGGCCAAAAAGUAGUUUUGAUAGCAAUAAAAUUAUAGAAGAAGAAAAUUAAAAUGUUCAAAUAAAAAAUAGAAAAACUGCCUUUCUAAAUGUUUAAAAAAUUAAAACUGAAAAUCUAAUAACAAAAGAUGGCAAAAAAUUCAAUAGCAAAGCUAUAAAGAAUUUAGAAAAAGAUAUUGGCAACAAUAUUUAAAAAAUAGACUCUCUAUUAGCCAACAAAACAGGUUAAAAUCUAUACCUAGAUGAAAAAAGAAUCAACAGUCCUCUAUCUUACACUUAAAAGUAAUUUCAUACUAGAGCUGAAGUUGUUAAACACUUUAAAAUAUAAAAAUACUUUGAUAUUUAAAAGACACUUGCAAUUGAUUAUUCUAAUGCCAAAAAAAAUAUUUAUUUCCAGCAGCAAGAUAAUAAAAUUUAUACAAAAAAUACAGAUUACAUAAAGUAUUUUCAUUGA